UUAAAGUAUUAAUAUAUUCAUAAAAGGAGUAGAAUUUGAAUUUUCUUUUCUUCCGGAAAUUACACUGUCAAUAAUCAACAUUUGUUUUAUAUUUGAGUUGUCAAUGAAAAGUCAGUUCAGAGCAACAGAGCAAGCCGACAAGAGCUCACUUUGCCAAUUUUCCUUUCACAUUCAUCUUCUUCCUCUGCAUGCAUUUCGUUUCAACAACCUUCAAGUUAAAAACACCCAGAAAACCAAAAUAAGCCAAAGUCAAGAGGCAAACAUGAAUUUGUUUCAGUUUUCAAGCUCAAAACAAUCAUACUGGAAUUGGGUUUUCUUUUUUAUCUUUUCUUUGUUGAUUUCAACCUCUUUUUCUGAUCCAAGAAUCUCAAACUCUGGUCUUUUUUGUGGGAAAUUCAAUCCGUUAAAUGGAACUAACUUUGUUCCAACCUUUGUUAAAGAGAUGCAAGGUCUGUCAGAAGCCAUUAAUGCUCGACAUUUCGCUACUUAUCACCUUCAUUCCACGCCUCCAAUCUAUGCUUUAGCACAGUGUCAUCAAGAUCUUUCACAAACAGAUUGCCUUCUCUGUUAUGCAGCUUCGAGGACCAAGAUUCCACGUUGCCUUCCUUUUAACUCGGCUCGAAUCUUUCUCGAUGGAUGCUUCUUGCGUUAUGAUAAUUACAGCUUUUUCAAGGAGUCUGUUUCGUCAAGUUUUGAUAAAGUUAUUUGUAGUAAUGAUAAUAUAGCAAAGGUUGAUGAAAAGCGUACUAAGAGAGUUGGUUAUGCAGUUGGGAAGGUGACUAAAGUUGCUUUGAGAAAUGGUGGAUUUGGGACAGCAGCGGUUGAUGGGGUGUUCGCAUUGGCGCAGUGUUGGAAAAGUGUCCCCUUUGAAGGGUGUCAAGAGUGCUUGCAGAAGGCGGAAAUGAAGGUCAGAGGCUGCUCGCCGAAGGCUGAAGGGAGAGGGUUGUAUACCGGGUGUUAUUUGAGGUACUCAACUAAGAAGUUCUUCAAUGAAAUGGGAGAAACAGAACAUAAUCAUGGGGUUUCAGGAAUUGCAUUCAUAAUAGCCAUUAUUUCAGCAACAUCUGCAUUCAUAAUGCUCUCUGUUUUAGUGGCUUAUGUAACUUAUGCAAGAUUAUCAAAGAGAAAGAAAGAACUUGAAAACCUCGGCCAGAUUUGGAUAAACUUUGAAAAAUCAGGAUUGAAGUUCAAGUAUGAAACCCUUGAGAAAGCAACAGAUUAUUUCAGCCUUUCCAGGAAACUAGGCCAAGGAGGAACUGGUUCAGUGUUCAUGGGGAUGCUUCCAAAUGGGAAGAUUGUUGCAGUAAAGAGAUUGAUAUACAAUACUAGACAAUGGGUUGAUGAGUUUUUCAAUGAAGUAAAUCUAAUCAGCAAGAUUCAACACAAGAAUCUGGUGAAACUUCUCGGUUGUAGCAUUGAAGGCCCUGAGAGUCUCUUGGUUUAUGAGUAUAUACCGAACAAGAGCCUCGAUCAAUUCAUUUUUGAUGAGAAGAAAGCAAAACUUUUAAAGUGGAAGCAUAGGUUUGAUAUCAUUUUUGGAACAGCUGAGGGUUUAGCACAUCUUCAUGGAGGAGAGUCUCAAAUAAGGAUAAUCCACAGGGACAUUAAAAGCAGCAAUGUUCUUUUAGAUGAGAAUCUCAAUCCAAAGAUUGCUGAUUUUGGACUAGUACGAUGUUUAGCUCCUGAUAAGAGUCAUCUUAGCACUGGAGUUGCUGGAACACUAGGAUAUAUGGCUCCCGAGUACCUUAUUCGAGGACAACUCACAGAGAAAGCCGAUGUUUACAGUUUCGGUAUUCUAGUUCUUGAGAUUGUAUGUGGUAAAAGGAAUGCCACCUUUUCAAAGGACUCUUCUUCGCUUCUACAAGCAGUUUGGACACUUUACAGAUCAAACAGAUUAGCAGAAGCAGUGGACCCUUGCAUAAGAGAUGAAAUAUUAGCAAAAGUAUCCCCAGAUUAUGUGCUUCAAAUUGGGUUAUUAUGCACACAAGCUUCAGUUUCUUUAAGACCAUCAAUGGUGGAAGUAGUUCAGAUGUUAACUGAUAAAGAUUGUGAAAUCCCCAUACCAAACCAACCUCCAUUCAUAAAUGGUAAUGUCCAAGAACCAGAGAGAUCAACCAAGUCUUAUAGCUCAGAUAGUUUCAUAUCAAAUGCAGUGAAGAAAAUUCAAGGUUCAGCAGAUUGUAAGGUGAAAAUUAAAUGAUUGAUGUGACAAAAUAUCUGAAUUUGAUCAUCCAUGGCUAUGCACGUUGCACCUGGAAAACAUGUCACUCUCAACAUUUAUUUUCCGGUGACAAAAUUCUAUGCUUUCCCGGAGACUGUGUCAAUUUUCAAGUUAGUUCCUAGUCGCAAUUUCUUUAAUAGUAUUCUCUAAUUUAUUUUCUUGUUUUUAAUUUAUGUUCAUAAUUUUGUAGUUUUUUUAACAAUUUUAUGCUCUCUUUUUUUCCACUCUAUUUGUUUUGAAAACAGUAACUGUUUUAUUUUUAAUUUAUAAUUAUAUUUUAGCGUAUAUAGUGGUGUCAUUAGAUUUAUUAGGAACCCUUUUCGGAAGAUCUUAUUAUGAUAAAGCACAUUGAUGAUGUUUGGAAAUUUAGAAUUCGAGAUGAUGAUAAAAAUGAUAAGCCAUCUGACAAUUGACCUUUUGUACAUCAUUAAUAUGGUGGGUUUCUCGGGGGCUUUUGGUAGUGAAUUCUUAGUUGACUAGAGUUCAUUGUCAAGUUGGUUUGAUGAUGAUAUAGUUAGGAUGCAAUUUACAAAAGUUUGAUCAAGGAGACGCACCAUUGGUUUGCUUUUUAACUUUUCUAAUGUUUCGAUUAUUGUCAUUUUGCAUUUCUCCUCUUUUGAGGUUAUUGACAUGACAUUUGUACAUUAAUUUGUAGUGUCUUAUUUAUCAUUUAUACUAUAUCAUUUCUUUA